GCAACCACAAUUACGGUGAUAGCACCGUAAAUAUAAAAAACUUUAUUUAAUCAUUAAUUGUGAUAACUAAUACUAGAAAAAGUUAAAAUGUAUCGUGGAAUCGUGCACUCACACAUGGGCAGGAUGACUAAAUUGUGUUGGUUCCUACUGCUGACGUUAAUACUCAGGCACCACGCAACAAAUGGAAUUGAAUGGUUCACACAAAAAGUUGACUGUGGGCCACGCGUUUCGGACUACCCUAGGAAUUGUGCGCAUGGAGUACUAAAGUUUAAUAUGAAUGGGACUUUGUGCAGAGAUAGCAUUGUUUGUUACAGCAACUUGGGCGAAGAUUGUCAGGAUUUUGGCACCAUAAAUAAUUGUUUGCCGGGUUUGUUCUGCAGUUGUGGCCGGUGUCGUGAAAUGGUGACGAUAUGCAGAGAAAGGCUAAGGUCGGCAAUGUACCCAACAAACAGCAUUUCCGGAUUAAAUAUUCUAAAAUCUAAAAAAAUUAUAACUAGCAACUUAUUCAGAAAUUCAUGAAUGCCUAUAAUAUGACUAGGAAUUAUCAAAUAUAUUAUUGGAAUUUAGAAAUACAUUUAGUGAUGAUAUAAAUAAAAAUUUAGGUCCAAUUUUGCUAUAUAAGUCAUUAAAAAAUUUUAGUAUGUGAAACAUUCGUCCA